UCCACUGAAGUGAGUUUUAGAGCAGCUCUGGAGAUGAAGUUCAUGUGUUCAUGUCCUCAUUUAUUGAGACAAGCAUCAUGUGUGUUUGAGUUUGUAUAUCAGACAAAACCGCUCCAUUCAUUCACACAGAGACACGCAGAACAUGCACUGACUGGCACGCCUUUAUUUCUGCUGUGUUAUAAGAUGUGUUCGAUGAAUCCGUUUCCAGUAAAAAUGUUCAGAGCUUAUCACCGUUAUCGAUAUAAAUGUUAUUGCAAUCUUGAUAUGAUAUAGUUUAAUCGCACAGCCGUAGAGUUCUCUGUAGCUCUGCCUUCAUGCUCACCACUGAUCUGCCUCUGGUCUCUUUCACCUUAACACCUCUCUCUCUCUCUCUCUCUCUCUCUCGAACACUGGCUUUUCAGGACUGUAUGCUUCCUCCCAUCAGCUGGGGUUUGUGAAUGAGCGACACCUUCUUGUUCCCUUACAAUGAGGCACAAAGUCUGUUUCCAGACCCUUCACCCUCUCUGUUCCUCUCCGGUGGAAUGAGCUGCAAACCUCCAGCCGAACUACUGAGACCAUCAUAUCUCUCAAGAAGCAGAUAAAGACACACCUAUUCUGCAAACACUUAACCACCCCAUACUCUUAACCAAUCCACUUACACACACUCCUCUUCUCUAGCUUGUUUGUAUGUGACAGCUCCUGAUCACUGUAUGAAAACCUCGUCUCCACAGAAGAAAGAAAUGGUUUGAGUGACAUGAGGAUGAGAAAAUGAGUGUGAUGAGCGGACCCUGUAUGUAAGGGGAGUGUAUCAUGGGUAAGUCUGCACUUCUUUGCUGAACAACACACUGCUAUAAAUACAUUAACAUCCAGCUGUGGUGUAUGUGUGUGUGUUAGAAGCAAUUCAAGAUGAUUGUGUCACUGAGCUGGAACAGAUUGACAGAUUAGAGCGCAGGUUAAUCCUGUGUGUGUGUGUGUGUGUGUAUCAGUCACAAACACACCGCAAUGAGACUCAUUCAGUGCUGCUGGAUGUCAUGUUUCAUUGUUUCUGAAAAUACCUAUGUGACACCUAAAAUAUCAAGAGCAAGAAAUCCAGCCUUUGCUUUAGUAAGGUGAGUCUGCUUCAGGUGAUUUAUGAUGUAGAAAUAAGAAAAACGUCCCUCUUUCACUGGCUUUGGUUCUUUCUCUGCAGCAUGUCUCUUCUGUCGGUCCUGCGUUCUCCACGCUUGUCCUUCCUGCAGACGCUGCUGUCUCUGCUGCUGUCUCUGGUGUCUCUCUCGUCCUCGUACUGGUGCGUGGGCCGGCAGAAGGUCCCGAAGCCGCUGUGCUCCCCGUCCCGCCGGCUCAGGUGCACUCCGGUGCACGGCGUCUCCGACGGAUCCUUCUCCUGGGAGACCGGCGACGAUCGCUUCAUCUUCCCCUCCUUCCACGCGGGGCUCUGGACCACCUGUGAGGAGAACAUCUUCACCGAUGCCUCGGAGGAGAAGUGCCGCAGUUUCAUGGCUCUCACGCCUGCAUCAGAGAAAGGCAAUGACACACACACACACACAGAAAUGCAAUGACUCUGAAUCUCUGUUGAAGUGCUUGUGUGUGUGUGAAUCUCAACACGUGAGUGUGUGUGUG